AUGUCUAACGGUAGGGUGUGCACAGUGCCGCUGAGGAUCAUCAACCGCCCGAUUAUGCCAGAGAUAGACGAGGAGAAAGUGACAACGUUUAUGGAGGAUAUGGAGGCAGGGGACGACUUCCCGCCAAUCGAGGUCCUCCGUGUCGUCCUCCCGCCAGUAGACGACGGUGAGAUUGAGCGGCGGUACUAUUUCUCCUUUGGGGGUUGUCACAGGUACGAAGCCUGCCAGCGCCUGGGGAGAUCCUCGAUCAAGUGCAAGAUAAUCGACGUCCAAGGGCACAUUAUCCGGCAGCACCUAGGGGCGAGCUGUCCCUUCUGAUCCGGUCCAUCCAGUCUGGGCAGCAGGAGUCGUAGUGAGAGGGGAGGUGUUGGUGGGCGCUUAUGGCGGGCCUGAGGGGCGCCCAGCUGAAGGAGAGGGAGGCCGAGCCUGUUUCGGGUUGGGUUUCGGGCAUCCAGAGGCUCAGCAUCCGGCAUACGUGCCUCCGUUCCUCUCUGGAGCUCCAGGCUGUCGACGUCCUCAAGGUAUGUAUGGUGUGGAGCGGCCUGGCCA